ACAUUAGCUGCUGGGCUUGGGGCAUAGAGGACUCGGAGCUGUGCUCUCGUUGGUAACACACCGUCCACAAAAUGACUGCUACUUUGACACUGUAUGUGGACUACAUAUCACAGCCUGCCAGAGCUCUCUUGCUCCUGUGCAGGGCAAUCAACGCCCCACACCAGGAAAAAUACAUUAGGCUAUUGCAAGGAGAUCAUCUGAAGAAGCCGUUCACCGACCUGAACCCCUUCAGGAAGGUCCCUGUGGUGCAGGACGGAGACGUCCUUAUCCUGGAGAGCUGUACGGGGUUGCGGUACAUCGCGAGCAAGUACGACUCUUCAGGAAAGUGGUACCCGAAGGAGCUGAAGGCGAGGUGUAAGGUGGACGAAUACCUGGACUGGCAGCACCUCAACACCAGGGCCCAUGGCGUGGGGUACUUCUGUAACAAGAUUAUAGUGCCCAUCCUGAAGAAGAGUGAGCCUGACAUGAAUGUGGUCAACAAGCACGAGCACAAAUUAGGACAAGUUGAAACACAAUUCGCAAGUUACUUUCUGGGCUCUAAACCAUUCAUUACUGGGCAGAACAUAACUAUUGCUGAUCUGCUGGCCGCCUGUGAAUUCGAGCAGCCCUCGGCAGGUGGCUACCAGCUGUCCCAACCCAUCCUGGAGUACCUCAGCAGAGUCAAGGAGGCGGUAGGCCCGGACUACGAGGAACUCUACACGCAUUUAGAACAAGUAACAACAUCAACAGACUAACAGACGUUGUCACAGCUUGCAUAAGACUAAGCUACAGGUAUCUCUGGCAAGUCGGCUUGUAUAGGGAUGCAGAUGAAGUAAAGUGCAAAGUGUGUGGACAAAGACAGGAACACACACACUCGAACAUUAUAUCUUGGGCUAGUAAAACUGAGCCAUUUAGAGAUAAAUCUAAACUCACGUU